UUAUCUUUAAUUUGAACAUAGAACAGACUAUUAACAAUUGUAAACUCGUAACAGCCAUAGUUCAUAUGGUCUGACAACUGGCCCGACGCCAGAAACUCCUCCCUGACAGUGCCAAGCCAGUUAUUCCUCUAAGCCCCGCCCAUUCACUCCGGUGACAGAUGUGCUUUACCACCUCCAGACCGAUAGGUGGCGGAAAUGAUCACCAACCGCCACAAAGCAGAAAGAAGAAGCUCCUCCAGAAGCUCGCAGACUGUAGCUAGCAGCAGAAGCUGCAAACCAUCACCAGGCUGUGAAAACCUUCUCCUCAACAACCUGGUGGAGAUCUGUCCAGAGCCAGGGAAGAUAUUCUGCAGUCUUCGUGACAAUCGGAGCUCCAGAAUCAGUUUCUGGGUCAGAGAAGCUUUUCUCUAGACUCUCUGACCUCUGGAUCUGCUGCAAAUUGAAGAGGUUCCCUCUAUCAGACUCGGUCAUCUGAGUUGGUCAUGAUGUAGGAUCGCUGCUCGCUCUCUGAUCCAUCCUGCUCACACACUCCGACGGAAAAGCCUCGGAACUUCAGCUGCUUUCUAUUGCAGCUGUUAGCUAAACACGGCUAAAGCAGACCUGCUACCACUUGAGGAUCUGGGACUGAUUCAUCAUCUGGAUCUGGACAACAUGGAUACAGUUGUCCAAAAGAUGGCGCUGGUUAAAGAGGAAGAUCCUGAAGAACAGAGUGUUGAUGUAGACCAGCAGAACCCAGAGCACCUCCACAUAAAGGAGGAAGAGGAGGAACUCUGCACCAGUCUGGAGAGAGAGCAGCUCCAUUUGGAACAGGAGUCUGUCACCGUCAGGUUUCCAUUCACUGCAGUUUCUAUAAAGAGUGAGGAUGAUGCAGGGAAACCUGUGUUAUCACAGCUUCAUCAGCAAAUAGAAGACAGAGAUGUUCCAACCAGCAGCUCAGCUGACCAGAUGACAGCAGGAACAGGUGGAGAAGGAGAAACUAGCAGGAAUUCAGAUCUAAACCCUCAUGAACAGACAUCUGACUCUGAUCUGUCAGACUUCUGGCCUGAAACUGGAGAAAGAGACAAUGACUCAAUCUUUAGCUGCCCAGAAUGUGGUAAACAAUUUGUCCAAAAGUGGUCUCUCCAGAUACAUUUGAGGGUGAUGGGUCAUUCAGAAAUAAGUUCUUCGGACUGUUUGGUUAAUAAGAAAUGUGAUGAAGUGGAGCAACUCGUAGACUCACGCAGGAAACUGAAAUCAUAUAGUUGUGAUUACUGUGGAAAAAAAUGUGUUUCAAAAUCACAUUUAGAGAGUCAUGAGAUUUUCCACACAGGACAAAAACCUUUUGUUUGUGAACUCUGUGGACAAAGAUUUAGUCAAAAACCAAGUUUAAACAAACACAUGAGAGCUCACUCAGGACAGAAACCUUUUGCUUGUGAGCUCUGUGGACAAAGAUUUAGCGAAAGGACAUAUUUAACUCGUCACAUGAACGUCCACACAGAACAUAAACCUUUUGCUUGUGGGCACUGCGGAAAAAGGUUUAGCAGGAGGUCAUAUUUAACCAGUCAUGUAAAAGUUCACACAGGACAUAAACCUUUUGCUUGCGGGCACUGUGGAAAAAGGUUUUACAAAAGGUCGUACUUAAAAAGUCACAUGAGUGUCCACACAGGACAGAAGCCUUUUGCUUGUGAGCUUUGUGGGCAAAGAUUUAGUCAGAAGAGAAUUUUAAACACACACAUGGCAGUCCACACAGGACAGAAGCCUUUUGUUUGUGGGCUUUGUGGACAGAGAUUUAGCCAAAAGAGCAAUUUAAACAGACACAUGAGAGUCCACACAGGAAAUAAAGAACUCAUUUAACAUCAAGAGUAUCUAAAGGACACUUGUUGUCUUUAAAUCCUAGAUGUCCUGGUGGAAGUCCUCUACCCUAAAUCAGAGCUACAUUAGGCCCAUAAGCCACCUCUUUCUGACCAGAGAGCCACAUAUUUCAAACUAUGGGUAAGUAUGCUAUUUAUUAGAAUGUACUAGAAACGCCUGUCAAACCGUAACGCUCCUCCAACUAAAUAGUCAGAGCUCCACAUGCUCAUACUUUUCAUGUCCAUGCUUUUCAGUUGCCCAAAAUUGCUACUACAAUUCUUUUUUUUGCCAUAAUUGAUCUUCUAAUAUUUUGAGACACUGAAUUUGGGAUUUUCAUUAGUUGUUUGUUUUAGUCAUCAAAAUUAAAGAAAUAAACAUUUGAAAUAUG